AUGCCUCUCGACGGUGUCCACACGGGGGAAGAUGCCUUCUCCUCUCUGUGUUACGGUGCCUUUGAGACAGAGACGCUAAUGGCCACAGCCACAUCUACAUCCUCUGCCAGUAGCACAACUCCAACCACCUCAGAUGCCUCGACAACAACCGAGGCAGCCCCAAGCUCACCUACCAUUCCAAAUUUCCCAUAUCCAGUGAUCAAGCACAGCGCUGAUUCGGUAGCUGGGUACUAUCUGAACGAGACCGGCCUGACCGAUGUGGCUGUUCUUCAGAUCCGAGAGUUCGAAUCGGAGUCCAGUGCGGACGAUUAUGAAAGAGAAUUUCAGUCAGUGAUAGAAAAGUUUCUCGAUGCAGCGGUUAAGACCGGGAAGAAAAAGUUGAUCGUAGACCUUCAGGGCAAUCCAGGUGGCUUUGUUGUCCUUGGAGCCGACACCUACGCCCAACUCUUCCCAUCCAUUAAGCCCAUUGACAAGUCGAAUGUGCGGGACCAUCUUGGCUUCUGGAUCUUGGGCAAUGCUGCGUCCGAGAUGUAUUCGAACGCCACGAAAACCGACGACGAAAGCGACGAGCAAUACGACACGGUUGUAUAUAAUACACUGGCGUAUCAGUCGAUUGUAAGCCACCAGUUUUACGACUUUCCUGAUUUUGAGACAUACUAUGGGCCCUAUCCCGCGAACGGUGGGAACUUCAGCGCCUACUUCCAGACCAACUACACGGAUCCGGGUUACACUAACUUUCAAGAUACCGGCAUCAUCAUCACAGGGACGAAUAAUCGCACAGGGUUUCGACAACCGUUUGCGGCACAGGACAUUGUCGUGCUCACUGACGGCUUUUGUGCAAGUACCUGUACAGUGGUUUCCGAGUAUUUGAAAAGUUACAGCGGUGUGCAGUUUAUUACAGUGGGAGGUCGACCACAAACAGGGCCAAUGCAAGCGGUUGGCGGUGUGAAAGGCAGCCAGGUCUUCCCAUUUACUCGGCUGCUACCAUGGGCCGAUCUCCUUCACAGUCCCAACAAUACGUUCUCGGAGCUGGCGAACGGCACCAUCUGGGAGGAUUUCACCUACGAGGCGGCGCUGCGAACGUUGGACGAACAGGGUACCGGUGGAGUAAAUGGUUGCAACCACUUUCGGUAUGGUGAACAGACGGCCACCCCGCUUCAGUUUGUGUAUGAGGCAGCCGAUUGUCGCCUCUGGUGGACGAGAGAAAUGAUGUAUGACCCGACCUUUAUUUGGUCACGGGUCGCAACCGUGGCUUUCAAAGAGCGAAAGGGGACACAGUUCAACUCGAAAUAUUGUGUCGCCAACAGCACAGGACAUCCGACCAGUAUCUCUGGAGGGUGGAAAGCGCCGUGGCUAGGGCCGCAAGACCCGCCGGACAACAUCAGAGCGGGGCUUAAAGGUUGGAAGCUACAGGGCAAACCUCUUGAAGCGCUGUCCCCAGGACAUUCGACCACGAACUCUAAGCAAACCGCGACCAACUCACCGACAAGCUCAACGAAGGUGUCGAAGCCAACGUCGCCACCGGGCGAUACUUCGGACAAGGCAUUUGAUGAUGACGCCGUUGUCGAUGAUAUUGAUGUGGGUGGCACUGACAUCGACGGUCUCAAUGUUGACAGUGAUGAGUUGACCUCGAUCAAGCAAGCAUGCUCCUCCUAUACCGGGGAUGCGUGGCUGGUCAGGGUGAUUUGUGGGGCAUUGAACGGGUCGAAAUGA